AUGUUCAUCAACGGUGCAAACAACAAUAUCUUCUUCGCUUUCAAAAGAAGAGCUGAUAAAGAGAGUUUCACGGUGCAGGUAAAGGCAGAGGUUGUGGAAUGGAUCAUCAAGUUACAUCAACAUCCAGAUUGCUCCGACUUCUUACAUGAUGCUCUUGAUAUCAUUUCAAGCAAGAUGAUAGUCGUCAUUGCGCAAGGCAGAAGUCGAUCGUCGUCUGGACAACUUCUGGACGCUUUCCAGAUAUUAUCUUCCAAAUGCACGAGGAGGGAGGCAUAUGUUAUUGGCAACCCAUGGACUGGAGAAAAGGUUGAAAUUGCCAGAACUUGGAUAAGAAAGAACGAUGUUGCGGUCGAUGCAAGGCCUAUUCGUAGCACGUAG